AUGAGUAUUGCAGAUUUCGCUUUGGAGUACGGGUGGGACGUUUUGGCAAACCCUGGACUGCUUUUAGACCCUCCUCGUGGUGGAAAUGAAUCCAGUGAUUCCGACACCACGGACGGCGAAGUUCGGACGGAGGGUCGUUGGAAAGUCACCCAUGACAGUGCGCCACAGCAUCCGGACGUCGCUUCGGAGGAGGCGGAGACCAGCGACGGGGCGGAUCGGGUGAAGCUGACCAUCAAGCAGGACAAUGCGCGCAUCGAUCAGGGUAUUUCUCGGGAGGCUUUCGAUCGACUUUUUCUGCACGGGCCGGUAAAUGUUGGGCAAAUCACGGACUUUGAGCUUAUCAGAAAAUUGCCCGGUAGUUCCUCCGACGAGGAAGAUAUGAUGUUCAUGGACUUUUUCGGCGCUGGACCGCCAUCCUCGCACGACCAAGGUGCGCGGCCGGCAGAAACAGGCUUUACCAAAUUUGGUGCGUGCACGGAUUUGAGUCGUGGGAAGUGGCACCGGGAGUUGGCCAUCAAAAAAGCGCGCCCCCCGGAGGAGCGCGCUGGCGAUACAGAUGACGACGCCGACGAAGUGCCCUCGGACCUUGAGCAACCGCUCGCUGUCACCGAAAAUGGGCGGAUCACAGGCUACCACAAGCAUCCAAACUACGUGAUUUUUGCGAACAGUUUGUACCGCUUUUCGGCGCUGCGUUCCUUGACGGUCAACUUUCCGAAUGUCCGGAAAUUUGUCCUGACGCCGAAGAAUUGCCCUGCGCUCGAGUCGCUGGCACUGAAGCAACUGAGCGAGGACCUUGUCGCGCUGCAUUUUGCCGUUCCCCAUUCGCUCCGGUACCUGCAGGUGGAGCACUGCCAUCGCCUGCACCACUGCAAACUGGAUCUGUCUUUAUCCUGCUGUUUCGCACUGAAAACGUUGGAUUUAGGCAGAAAAAACUACGGCCUGGCACGCCUCGGUCCGGUUUACUUACCCAACUUGCGUGACCUGAAGGCGCAGGGCUCCUGCGACUUGAGACGCCUUGUGUGUUACGCUCCGUUCUUGGAAGAGAGUAGGGUGCAGCUAGGUGGUUCGCAGAGCAGCGCUUGGGGAUACCGCAUUUUCAGAAGAUCCGAGUUUCAGGAUUUCGUUACUCUUUUUCUGGAGCACAACGCGGCACACUUGCCGGGUCUGCACGAAGCGUUGCAGCCGUUCCUGAACGGAUCAUCGCAGCGCGACCUUUCUGAACAGGAAUUCGAGCGGAUUCUGCUGCAGUGUCGAACUCCACAGCUGGAGAAACUUGCGGACUCGGGUAACGAACAGUAUUACAGUUUCACCAAGUACAGUAAAAGGGCGCCGCCGGAGAACGACAGUAAGAGGCGACGGGUCGAGGAGAACGAAGAGAUGUAAAAAAGAUUUGUCUACUACAACUAUGUAUGUACAGUACUAUGAACGACAGAAACAGGAUACAGGAUUUUGAUAAAGGGCAGAAGAAAGAGUAGUUAGAUAGUGAUAGACAUGUACAGAUGAACCAUGCACCAGUCGUGCUCUGCUGGGCACUACCGACCAAUGGUCGUAAAGCUUGGGACAGAAAAAGCACAGAAAAAUGCUUGCCUACUCAAUAAAGAAGAAUUCGUGAACGACUUCGUAGUUUUUCAAUGUUUAGGUGAACAAUUUGUACCGGUGAAAUUUACAGACACAGUCACUGUAAUCAUAGUCUUGAAAUUUGUUUCGCAUAAAGCGACCUCGCACGUUCUGCGGGAGGUGCAAGGCGUUUCACCCUAUGCAUAAAAUGCAAAGAUGCAAAAUAUGACUGGAUCGCUCAUGCCUGAUACCAGCGACAGCAGCUCGAUUCUCCACUCUUUCACACGGAGCUAAACUGGUGUGUCGCUUAAUUUGCUCCAGCACAAGGCAAAGAAGCGCUGCUGCGAAGCAACAUGACGAACAAACUAUCGGAGCCGGCAUGUGUCCUAAACAAGAUAACGGAUACCUGUCGCAAAUGCAAAGCGCCAUGAGCUGCUGGCUUCUCAACAGCCGCUUUUGCGACACAAUGAAUCGAGGGCCUGUUCUCCAUCGAAAUCGGAGACUGACAAGGCAGCCAGAUCCUG